AAAUGUAUAAUUCGAUCUGCAUUUCAAAACCCCUAUCUAUAUAAACCCUUUCCCUCUCCCCGCUCCUCGUGUCUCCUCCAUUUCCAUCUCCGCCGUCUGAGACUCCACCCAUCGUUCUUGCCGCUCAGCCUGCUCUUCGUUUAUCUCUCCUAUCGUAUUUUAGGGUUUUCUUUCUUCGUUUUCCUGUUUUCCAAAGUUCUAGCCCUUGCUUUAAGGAUGAAGCUCGUCAGGUUCUUGAUGAAGUUGAACAAUGAGACUGUGUCUAUCGAACUCAAAAAUGGCACCGUUGUUCAUGGCACCAUCACAGGUGUGGAUAUUAGUAUGAAUACACAUUUGAAGACUGUGAAACUUACUUUGAAGGGAAAGAACCCAGUUACCCUUGAUCAUCUUAGCGUGAGGGGCAACAAUAUUAGAUAUUAUAUCCUUCCUGACAGCUUGAAUCUUGAGACUCUUCUGGUAGAAGAGACACCAAGGGUCAAGCCCAAGAAGCCAACUGCUGGGAGGGCUGUGGGACGGGGACGUGGUCGUGGCCGUGGAAGGGGUCGUGGACGUGGCCGUUAGAUGCAUUACACUGAUUUCAAUUCUCAAGGCACAUGGUUAUGUAAAAACACCUAUGUUGUAAUGAAGAACUUAUUGGAGAUCUUUUAAGGUAUCAAAGGAGUGACAGUGUUGGUUACUUCAUUUAGUUGUCUAUCCUCGGUGAUUUUGACACUUAACAUUUCUUGCAAGUAGUGUUUAGUUUUGGAUGUUGAUUCAACGAGAAUUAGUACUCCCAAUAUUUUGGGUGACCA